GGCGCGUCAACUAACCGCAGGUGCUUCAAGUUGGUACGGUAGCUCAGGCCGACGACAAACCGCCUGUUCUCGUUUAUUCUACCCCCUGGACAGCUGAUUUUCCAGCCACCAACGUCACUCGACGACGUCAGGAACGCACAGGCACGCACGACCGUACGCCGUCUCGCACCAGCCUCGGCCGCCGCCUCGAUUCAACAUGGCCCGUUCGUCACCACGAAAGAAGCCUACAGUCAACUACAACGAGGGCGAAGCUCCCAAGCCGCUCGCCAGAGCCGUGGCAAAGGUCAAGAGCCUGGCUGCCAAGGCUACGCACAAGCGCAAGGCCGCCGCGGAAGAAGCAGACGACGGCGAGGUCAACGGCCACAGCAACGGCACACCCGCCGCGCCAGCCCCCAAGAAGCGCAGGACGGCCAAGGCCAGCAAGGACGAGCAGGGCGGGAUGCCUCUCGCCGAGCGGACCGCCGUGGCGUCGCUGAAGAAGGCCAUGUACAUUGGUGCUCAUGUGAGCGCCGCCGGAGGUGUCCAAAACUCCAUCCCCAACGCCGUCCACAUCGGCGCCAACGCCUUCGCCCUCUUCCUCAAGUCGCAGCGCAAGUGGGACAACCCGGCCAUGACCGACGAGGCGCGCGACCUCUUCCUGCACAACUGCAAGGAGCACGGCUACGACGCCGGCGCCCACGCGCUCCCCCACGGCUCCUACCUCGUCAACCUGGCGCAGCCCGACGCCGCAAAGGCCGACCAGGCGUACGCGAGCUUCGUCGACGACCUGCGCCGCUGCGAGCAGCUCGGCGUGCGCCUGUACAACUUCCACCCGGGGUCCACGCUUGGUGACGCGAGGCCCGCCGCCGUGGCCCGCAUCGCCGCCCAGCUCAACAAGGCGCACCGCGAGACGAGCAGCGUCGUCACCGUGCUGGAGAACAUGGCGGGCGGGGGCAACGUCAUCGGAGCCACGUGGGAGGACCUGCGGGACGUCAUCGCCCUCGUCGACGACAAGGAUCGCGUCGGUGUCUGCAUAGACACGUGCCACGCCUUCGCCGCGGGCCACGACCUGCGCACGCCCGAGGCCUUUGACAAGACGAUGGACGCCUUCAACGACGUUGUCGGCGCCAAAUAUCUCAAGGCCUUUCACCUCAACGAUAGCAAGGCGCCCUUCAACUCCAACCGCGAUCUGCACGCCAACAUCGGCACCGGCUUCCUCGGGCUGCGCGCCUUCCACAGCAUCAUGAACCACGACGCCUUCCGCGGCCUGCCCAUGGUGCUCGAGACGCCCAUCGACCGUAAGGGACCCGACGGCAAGUCGGUCGAGGACAAGCAGGUCUGGGCCGACGAGAUCAAGCUGCUCGAGAGCCUCAUCGGCAUGGACCCGGACGGCGACGAGUUCCUCGCCACGGCCAAGAGGCUGCAGGCCGAGGGCGUGGGCGAGCGCAGUAAGAUCCAGGACCAGGUGGACAAGAAGGUCGCCAAGGUCGCGAAGAAGGCCGGGGGUGGUGGCGCCGGCGCCGGGAGCAAGGCCAAGGCCAAGCCCAAGGGCAAGAGGAAGUCGAAGACGGAAACGUCAGACGACGAGACCGACUGAAGAAGAGGUCGUCACUGCUGGUGCGUGAUAUCAGGUCACAAAUAUGGCUCUCUGUACGAUGGACGAGCAGUGAGGCGGGCACACGGCGUUCAAAGGCAUGGCAAAAUCCAUUGUAUAAUAGCAUACGACACACAAAAGCAGCUCAGGGUAUUCAUCGCAAAUGCCGUCCAAUAAUAGCCAGAUGCACUUUUCAGCUCGUCCCAUCCAGCCUCGAUCCGAAACGGUCCUUGGCCACAAAACAAGAAAGAUUACGAAAUGCGCGCGCCCCGGCUUUCUCAACAUCCAAACCACGGUCCAG